CGCUUAUUUUUUUGCAGACGUUUAGGCAGUGUUCCGCAAAAGGGACAGUGUGAGUUUUAGACUGGGUCGCUAUAGAACAGCUAGUAGCCAGGGAAUUGUCGGAGCGAUUCCUGUCCUUUCACCUUUGAAGUCAGAGACGAGCUAAAUUUAUCGCGAUAAAUAAUUCUAUCAUUUUUAAGAGAGAGGUCAACGAGAGAAGACUUGACCAUGAAGGUACUUUUAGCUAUCCUCCUCGGCUGGCUGGCGACAGCAACGGCCCUUCCACAAUGUCCGGAGGGAUGGACGUACUCCCUCAAGAAAUGUUACAAAUUCUUCCCUAUGCCUUUGAUAAAAGAGGAGGCCACGGUAGCGUGUACAGAGGCACCAAAUGUGAUAGGAGGAAAACUCCUGGACAUUGCAGACUUUGACAGUUUCAGGUUCGUCAAAAACCUAUACACCCACACGUUGCCUUUCUACCAGCCUCCAACUGGUCAGCAGCUUGACUUCAUACCACCUGAAAAAGCUAUUUGGACAGCCUUGGCUUUCGAUUGGAACCUUGAGCAAUGGACCACAGGAACCACAGGAACCACAGGAACCCCAGGAACCACACCCGCUGAACCAUUUUACAGAUUCAACAACUUCAACAGUCAACCAAUAGGAAAACCACCCGCAGAACCUCUGGAGCUUCUGUCCUGCACAGUCUACCCAGCAGUGGAAUUUCCUCAGACCGCCAUGCAGCAGGAACUGACACCACUAGAGCUACCAAAGCAAGCGAUUGAGUUCAUGACAUUGGCCCCAUGCGAAGUUGAGCUCCCCUACAUUUGCGAAGCGCCGGAGACUCCACCUGCAAUAACACCAACGGCAACAGGUGCUCCUGCGACCACCGCUGUACCCUGGGGAACCACACCGAUGAUGCCACAGACUCCAUCUUUCCCCAACCGCCCGGGACGCCCUGGCUUUCCUAACAGACCUGGACAACCUGGAAGACCCCAGAUCCCCGGAAAUAGACCACAGUUCCCUGGAAACAACCCACAGUUCCCUGGAAACAGACCCCAACAACCUGGCGGAGGACCUCAGCAGCCACAUCCUCCUCAUGGCCCCCAUGGCCCUCAUGGACCCCAUGGCCCUCAUGGACCUCAUGAACCUCACGGUCCCCAUCAACCACCACACCAGCCCCCUCACCAGCCUUACCCUGGGUUCCCAAGCAGACCGAAUCAGCCAGGAGCAGGCAGGCCGAACAGACCAGGCUUCCCCAACCAACCUAACCAACCACAAUGGCCUAGCCGACCCAACCAACCCAACCAGCCACAAUGGCCGAGCCGACCCAACCAACCCAACCAACCACAAUGGCCGAGCCGACCCAACCAACCCAACCAGCCCAAUCAACCCCAAUGGCCGAGCCGACCCAACCCUGGUUUCCCACGCCGCCCAAACCAACCCGUAUGGCCAAGGAACCCUGGUAAUCCAAAUCAGCCAGUCAGAUACGCUGCUAACCCCGACGGAGUCCGACCAUACGAAUACCGAUACAACAACUAUGUUUUCUCAGAUAAAUUUGCCGGUCUUGGUAUAAGAGCGUAAAGCAAUCAGGACAAAUUGAACAAUCUAUAUAUUUUCAAAGUAGGUGGCGAAAGUCACCACCGGACACACCUGGAUCCUGACACAUGGACAAUGCCUGAAUAUAAAAACCGGAGAAGCAGGCUAUUCUAAUGUUUGCAGAUAAAGAAAAAGACUCCACAACGCGCUGAAAUAAUUUCGUAACCAAUUAUGAUAACAGCAAUAGCACAAAAUACAAUAGGAUGCUAAAUGGCUACAGUUUUCUAUAUUUUUUUUAAUUCAUGGCGUUGAGCAGAAGUAUGACUUCCGGUUCCUAUGACACGAGAAGUUUAGAGAAAUGUUAUCUAAUCUAAAAGGAUUUCUGGUUUACGAAAUUGUUUUUUUUUCUGGGAUUUUUUCCAGGAAACCUUUUGUACUUACAAUCAGACUGAUUGUCAGUCAUUUAUCUUGACUGAUGAGAUAUAAAGAAAUAUGUUUAUGAAGAAAUUUCGCUUGUGUAGAUAGAUAUUGCUAAUACCCCAAAACCUGACUUCUGCGUUUUGUUUCAUCCACCAUUAAAGCAUUUAAAAUGUAGAUUAGACACGCACCCUUAUGUUCUAUGGAAACAUUAUUUUUAUUAUCAUAAUUUGAAGACACCAUGAAAUCUAGCAAUAUGCAAACAGUAUUCAACUAUUUGUCUUUCAGAGUGUUUUGUAGUGCAAUUUUGUGUUUAUUUUCUAUGACUGAUGUAAAUAUGUUUCAAAUUUGUAAUUGAAUGUAUAUGAUUGUAUUCAACGCCUAGCUUUCGUAAAAACAUCCAAUAUGUCUACGAAAUAAAUGUUAUAUAAUUGAU